AUGGAUAAAUGGAAUGAAACCACAUUUAUUCAAGUAACUGAAUUCAUUCUCAUGGGCAUCACAGAUCAUCCUGACCUGCAGAUCCCUCUCUUCCUUGUGUUUCUCAUCAUUUACCUGGUCAUAGUUCUGGGAAACGUGGGCUUGAUUAUCUUGACUAAGAUUGAUUCUCACCUGAAAACUCCCAUGUACUUUUUCCUCAGAAAUUUGGCAUUUAUUGAUCUUGGAUACUCCACUGCCAUUGGCCCAAAAAUGUUAGUUAAUUUUGUAGUGGAAAAAAAUACCAUCUCCUAUACUGCAUGUGCAAUCCAGUUAGUUGUCUUUAUAACAUUAAUGAUAAAUGAACUUUUUAUGCUAUCAGUAAUGGCUUAUGAUCGUUAUGUAGCAAUAUGCAAUCCCCUACUGUAUAUGGUCAUCAUGUCAGAUAAAAUGUGCUGUCUUUUGGUUUCCAUCCCUUAUGUCUACAGCUCCUUUGAAGCACUGCUAAUUACAAUUAAGAUUUUUAAUUCAUCUUUUUGGAAAUCUAACAUCAUUAGUCAUUUCUAUUGUGAUAGUCUCCCCCUUUUAAGUAUUUUAUGCAGGGAUGCAAAGGAUGUAGAAUUAAUUCUUCUGAGCCUUUCUGCUUUUAAUUUGAUUUUCUCUCUGCUAAUUGUUCUUGUUUCAUAUGGAUUCAUUCUUUUGGCCAUCAUUAGGAUGAAUUCUGCUGAAGGCAGACGCAAAGCCUUCUCUACUUGCGGCUCCCAUCUCACAGUGGUGGUUAUCUUGUAUGGCACGCUAAUUUUCAUGUACCUGCAGCCCAAAUCAAAUCAUUCCUUUGAUACAGACAAAAUGGCUUCUGUCUUUUAUACCCUGGUUAUUCCCAUGCUGAAUCCUUUGAUCUACAGUUUGAGAAAUAAGGAGGUAAAAGGUGCUUUGAAAAGAGCCCUGGAAAAUCAAUAUCAUGGAAUAAUGCAAAUCUCAAAUUAA